AUUUUUAAAAUUUUUUUAUCUCAUCCCUGAUCCGUAAGCUCUGCAACGCGUCAAAGAUCGAAACACUUUAAACAUGGCCUUGUUAUAAUUUAAAUAAAUAUUUUCUUCCAUAAUUGAGGAAAGCUAAGAUUUUAAAAUACUACAUUGAAACACUUCAAACAUGGCGGCCACCAAAAUAAAAGUAGUAGUCAGCAAUAAUAAUCGCCGUUGGCUUUUCUUAUAUAUGACAACUUAAAAUACCUCUAUUUUGUUUCUUCUUCUUGUUAGACGUCUCUCAAUUCUCAAAGCAAGUUUCUUCAGUUCCUUUCUUUGAUCAUUGAACUGCUAAUGGCUGAAGCUGUCAUAGAAGUGGCACUAUGCAAGGCUAUCUCGAUAAUUGAAGAGCCGAUUAACCUCGCAUGGGAUUUUCAGGACGAGCUGAACAAGCUACGUGCCUCACUAACUCUGGCUCGAUCUUUCUUGCAAGAUGCUGAGAGGAGGCAAGUUGAUGAGCCUGUCAAAGUUUGGUUGGAGCAGCUUGGAGAUAUUGCUUACCAGGCCGAUGAUGCGUUGGAUGAACUUGCCUAUGAAGAUCUUCGAAGGAAAACAAAGGUCAGCAACUUCUUUUCCCCCAUAAAAAAUCCCAUGAUAUUUACUCUAAAGAUGGCUAAAAAGGUUAAGAAUAUUAGCCUAUCCAUGGAUAAAAUCAUUGAUCGGGCCUCCAAAUUUGGACUCCAACAAAGAGUUCAAAAUGCUGCUCCAGUGUUUAGUGGAGUAGAAAGAACUGACUCAUUCGGUGACUCAUCACUAGUUGUUGUUGGAAGGGAAGCUGACAUCUCAAGAAUAGUUGAUCUUUUGAUUGACUCAACCACUCAACAAACUUUCUCAUUAGUAUCCAUGGUAGGCAUGGCUGGCUUGGGGAAAACUACUUUAGCACAGUCCAUAUGCAAAAUUGAGAAAGUAAAGAAUUAUUUUAAUAAAAUAAUGUGGGUAUGUGUUGCUGAAAAUUUUGAUGUCCUAAGGAUUUUAGUGGAGAUGUUAGAAUCUCUAACUGGGAAAACUUGUGCCUUGAAAAAUAAGGAUGCUUUGCUUCGGGAAAUACAAAAAGAGUUGGAAGGGAAAACCUACCUUCUCGUGCUUGAUGAUGUGUGGGAUGAAGAUCUUAAGAACUGGGAGGAUUUAAGGGGUAGGUUGCUGGGAAUAAAUGGAAAUAAACAAAGUAGCAUUCUUGUCACAACUCGUAAUGAAAAUGUUGCAGCAGUAAGAGAAACACCUCAAGGAUAUAGGUAUCCUCUUAAGCCACUGAUAGAUGAUGAGUGUUGGGCUAUAAUAAAAAAAAGAGCAUUCAAAAACUCUUCAGUAUCUCCAGAAUUGGAAGAUAUUGGAAGGGUUAUUGGUAAAAAAUGUGCAGGUGUGCCAUUGGUGGCGAAUGUUAUAGGAGGAACAGUGUCCAAUAGAUGGACUAUAGAUGAGUGGGAGAAAGUCAGAGAUAGUCCUCUUUGGGGUUGUCUAGAAAGCAAUGAAGCGAUUGUACGUGUUUUGAAAUUAAGUUUUGAUCGCUUGCCUUUUCCAUCUUUAAAGCAAUGUUUUGCAUAUUGUUCUAUUUUUCCUAAAGAUUUCCGCAUCCAAAAGGAGCAAUUGAUCCAGCUUUGGAUGGCUGAAGGCUUUCUUCAACAAUUUAAAAGAGGUUCCCAGCUGGCAUUUGAGGACAUUGGUGAUAAGUACUUCAAUUACUUAUUAUCAAAUUCCUUGUUGCAAGAUGUGGAGAUGGAUAUAUAUGGGUGCAUUACGACAUGCAAGAUGCAUGAUUUAGUUCAUGAUCUAGCACAAUCAAUUUCAAAUGCAGAAAUAUUAAGUUCAGAAACCAAUUCCACUCAUCAUAGUUCUCAUGGUCCAUAUGAAAAUGUCCUUGAUAUUGGUGUGAAACUCUGGCAUUCCUUGUUCUUCAAAACUACUGCUUUCCACGUUGUAUGGAACUUCAAAGGCUUACGGGUUCUUAAUUUUUGUGAUGCUAAAAUUACCUCCUUGCCAGAUUCAAUUGGUAGGUUAAAGCAUUUGAGAUACUUUGAUAUCUCAAGAACUAAGAUAAGUAGACUACCAAAGUCCAUUACCCAACUCUACCAUUUGCAGACAUUAAGAUUGCUCAGUUGUGAUUCUCUUAAAAAAUUUCCUAAAGGAAUGAAAAAUUUAGUUAGCUUGAAGCAUUUCUAUAUCAAUUCUAGACGGCAUUUUCCUGAUGAGAUCGGAUGUCUAACUGGUCUUCAAACUUUGCCAAUAUUUGAUGUGGCUACAAAAGGGGAAUGUGGAAUUGGGAAAUUGGGAUGUUUCACUGAACUUAAAGGAGAAUUGGCCCUUUUUGAUCUCCAGAAUGUUAGAAACAAAGAAGAGGCUAGGGAAGCUAAACUGUGGGAGAAGAAAAACUUACUCAAGUUGGAAUAUGCAUGGAAGUACUUUAGAAGGGAAGGCUACAAUAACGAUGAGGAAGUAUUGGAAGGAUUGAAGCCUCACUCAAAUUUGAAAAGCUUAAAGAUUGAGAAUUUUAAGGGAGAGCACUAUCCGUCCUGGUUGGCAAGGAAGAGUUUUGGUGGUCCAAGUGCUUGUUUUCAACCCAUCAAUUUGGUGGAGUUGAAUCUAUUAAAUUGUCAGAAUUUAAAGAAUCUUCCAAGUCUGGGGCAAUAUCCCAAUCUCAAAUUUCUUGAAAUAAAAGGUUUGGAUAACGUGAGUUGCAUAGGAAAUGAAUUUUAUGGUGAUGAGAAGAUGCCAAUCCCAUUAUUUCCAGCAUUGGAAAAGUUUACCUUAAUGCAUAUGAAAGAAGUAAAAGAAUGGUUAGAAGUGGAGCCGGCAAUCCCCAUGUUUCCUUCACUAAAAGAGUUGCAGAUUGUAGUUUGUUACAAGCUAAGCAGCAUUCCAAGAAUGAGUAGAUUUUCUUCACUGGAGAUACUCUUUAUUGAAAGCUGCAAGCAGUUGAGUUGGACAGAGAAUGGAUUAUUUCCCUCUAGUCUCAAAAAAUUAAGAAUAGAUUGGUGUCCGAGCUUAAAAUCCAUUCCAAGUGUAGAGGGUGGUAUCUCUUUGCUUCAAGAGCUUGUCCUGUGCGGUUGUGACAAAUUAUGUAAAAUAGAAGAGGGACUACUUGCCUCCACAUGUCUAAAACAGGUAUGCGUUAGGAAUUGUCCUAAUCUGAUAUCCAUUCCUCUAAAUCGAGGAUCUCAAUCUCUUCUGAAGUUUGAAGUAAGAAUGUGUGAAGAAUUACAAGAGAUAGGGGGUGGACUAUCUGCAUGCACCAGGCUGGAAACAUUAGAGAUAGUAGAAUGUCCUAAUCUGAUUUCCAUUCCUAGUUUAGAUGGCUUCUCCUCUCUUUUACUUUUAAGGCUGGGUGGAUUUACAUGUCUACCAAGUGGAUUGCUUGCCUGUACUUCUCUUCAGCGUUUGUACAUAUUCAACUGCACAAAUCUGGAGUCAAUUCCAGGAGAGAGCAUUGACUGCCUCACCCGUUUGAAGACAUUGGAACUAGGUCCCUUCUCAGAAGAGUUUGAGGAAUUUCCACUUCUCAGUUCCAUCCACAACCUCCGCUCUUCCCUUGAACACUUGAAGUUGAAUGGAUGGAGAAAACUAAGCUCUCUGCCAAACCAACUCCAACACUUCACUGCACUUGAGAGAUUAGAGAUUUGGGACUUCAAUGGAGUGAAAGCUUUGCCAGAUUGGUUGCAAAACCUCUCCUCUCUUCAACGAUUAGAUGUUUGGAGUUGUGAGAAUCUAAUGCAUCUACCAUCUAAGGAAGCCAUGCAACGCCUCCCCAAUUUGCAGCUGCUUUCUAUCUCUUAUUGUCCACAAUUAAAGAAAAACCGUGCUGAACGGACCAAGAUCUCCCUAAUUCCAAGAGCUAGGAUUUAUUAAAUUGGAGUCCGAGGAUGAAACUUCCAAGAGUGGGGAAGGAACUGAGAAGCAGCAUUGCCUAUAGUUCAACAAUGGAGAUCUUCCCUUAAUAUUGGAAAAAGUAAUUCAGAAGGCAUCAAUUACUUUUUUGCAUUGGCUUUGAAUUUGUAAAGAACCUGGGAUUGUAUACUAUUCAUCAGAUUGAGAUUUAGCUAGACAAUCCUUUGGAUGGAAUCAGUUUCCCAAACCUAGCUUGCUGAUACACAUAUAUGAUAAAGUGAGUUGACUGCUUAUAAUUUUAAUAUAUAUCAACAUUUUUCGUUUUCAUUUUGAACUAUUGUACUUAUCACUCCUCAAUAUAAACAAUAUGACCUUUGACACCUCGAGGUUCUGUUUCAGUUUGUGUCACUAUUUAAUAUGUGAGACAUUUCACAGUAGCAAUAGGUUUGUUUCUGCAACACCACAGCAGGAUUCAGAAGUAUAGGCCAGGAGGGCUGAGGUUUCAAUGAUCUCAUGUACUACCUUUCGUUUUUCUGACUCAUAUUUGUCCGUUGUGAGGAGUGAUGCUAGCUUAAUUCCUUGCUAAACAUGAUGCUUGUGCAUAUGAUGCCGCUCUUGAAGCAUUAUGACUCGGUAUGGAGUGACAUCUUUUCGAAACAAAGUGAUUCACCUGCGAAGCACGAGUACUGGUUUGUUCUUAGAGGAGCCGGAUUCCAUCAUCAAAUCAGGGGAUAUCCCAUACCUCCAUCCAAAAAAACACAAAGUCAAGCAUCAGUUCCUUCCAGACAAGCUACAAAUUCUAUCGCUUAAUCUGGGGCUGUCCAGUAUGUUGUUCCUUUUAUCUUCUCUACCCAGCUGGCCAUCAAGUUCUGAACUCUUCAAAUCGCUGCCUUCAAUAAACUAGUACAUUUUGGGCAGUAGCAGUUCAAAAUCUUCAUCUUCAAGGGCCCUGUCUUGAAAGGUGUAAUCCAGUCGACCAAAUCUAGUCUACAUAGAGUGGGAGCAUCAGGCAUCUCACCUACAGUACUGAUUUGGUGUUCCUCAUAAAGGGAACAUGCAGCUAGGAAAAGUGAUCAUCAACAGGAACCCCUUUGCUUCUGUGCUGCUGAUAAGAAAGAACAAAUCAAAUUGAUUUUCUCCUUCUGUUGGAGCUUGUGUAAAUGAUCUGACUGAGUAAUCUAAAUGUCAUUUAUUUUUGUUCUUGCAAAAUAAAAUAUGUUUCUCUUUUUCCAAUUGUGGAGCUACAAUUUACAGACAGCAAAAUGAAUCCCUGUAAUCGAAGCAGCAAUUUAUAAAAACAUAACCUGGCAGAACUGAUAAUGCACUCUUUGUAUAAC